AUGGAGAUAAAAGAGAAGACGGUGUGGGUCCAAUUUAGGACUCACUACAUUACCAACAGAGAAGAUCUCGUUUUGUGUAUCGCUGGUUCCCUCCCAGAGUUAGGGCAGUGGAACGUGAGACGAGCCGUAAUAGCAGAUGAAAUUCCCAAUCGUUCAGGGGAGUGGGUUGUCCUAAUUGAACUUCCAGCAAACGUCACGUUUGACUGGAAGUGGGUGGUACUUACCCAGGAGAACGCCACGAUGACCGCAUUCCGAUGGGAAGAAAGACCCAAUAGAAGCACUGAGGUGCAGGGACAGGGUCUUCGAUGUUACGCCGCGUGGAAUUACGACGCGGCGUAUGAGACUAUCUCUAAAUUUCCAGUUGAUGAAUGGAAAUGGGUAGAUGAGGAUGUUCAGGAUGAAGAAGAACAAUCUCCUGAAAGUGAACAUGUUCCCCCGAGGCGUGAAAAUAUUGGAUACCUUACUAGUGUCGUGGCAUCGUCAUAUCAGGGCGCAGAGUUUUCAAAAAUUUCAUGUACACCGUCAAUCCAUGCAACGAAAUAUGGCAUGCCCCAGCACUUAAAGUGCGGGCUGAAUUACAAGGGGAAGGAAAUAAAAGUCAGUCUGAACCGAAAUAACCCCGACAGGUAUCACGUGCCGGUGUACUCACUCACAGACGACAAACUGGAAGAACAUGCCAGAGAUUACCUUGAUACAAAGACAUCAUCAGCAGAUUUCUACCAGAGCCACGAUGGUACAGCAACAUUUAAAGUGGCAAAGAUCGUCAGCGGAUCUUCGGUUCACUUUACCCUGACAGGGUAUAUGUUUAGGGAAAUGAGUCACGUGGUUGUUCAUCCGAUACCUGGCCAGAUAGAGCAUAGAAUUGUGAAGACUCGGGGCUAUAAUAAAGAUAUGAAGUAUGAUAUAGAAGACAAUGAACAACUGCUCGAGAACAAACCAGAGACAAUUAAAAGGGCGACAACUCACGGAUCCUUAACUACACAACUUCAAACAGCUGAGAUUCUCGUGGUUGUAGAUUACAAGUUUUAUUCCAAUUUAAUUGUCAACGAGACUGGUUUUACCCAGGGAAUAGCUACCGGUGUCUCAAGCCUUCUGAGCGAGUAUAUCGCCCUUCUCUUUGACUCGACCAAUAUUCCAUACAGAAAUCUCGUGCAAAAUGGAAUACACCUUCUAUUGAAACCUGUGGGAAUCGUCCUAGCUAAGACGAAAGCAGCAUCUCCAUGGACAGAAAAGAAUUUAAUGACGUCAUCACCAUUUCCAAAUAUUGUCAAUGCCACGCUUGCCUUAGAUAGUUUCCAUGACUACAUCACCAGUCAUAGAGCUCUCCCUCCUCACGAUCACGCCAUGCUCUUGACAGGACAUGAAAUGAAAGACAGUACCAUUGAGAACAAUAACUACACAGACAUAUUAGGUAUUGCUUCUUUGUCAGCGAUGUGUGGUCCACAAUCUCAAUCCAUCGUGUCUUCUCAAAUGAAUUUUGAACCCGCUUUUACUAUCGCGCACGAGCUUGGACACAGUUUUGGAUCAAAGCAUGAUGGACAGGACAAUGCAUGUCCUAAGGAUGGACACGUUAUGAAUUCUACGGCCGCCAGAAACACGUCACAUAUGUGGGAAUUUUCAUCCUGUUCCAUUAACUAUAUGACGACCUUUCUCCAAAAGCUGAAUAGACGGCAUAAGAAUUGUCUGUUGACUCAGGAGAAUCAUGCUGUGAAUCACGAUCUGACCGUCCAUGAACAUGAGUGGUUCGGACAAAUCUACUCAGCUGACCAACAGUGCCAACUCUACCUAGGGCCGGACUCCUUUAUGGAAAGGGGUGAGAUGAAUUUCACCGGAGCCUACCAAUCUGCAUUCUGUCUACAGAUGGUGUGCUUUGAUCCGGUGAACUAUGAGAAGUAUAACCUAUACGCUGUGCCCGGGGACGGGACCACCUGUGGCUACCAGAAAUGGUGUAAAGCUGGGGCGUGUGUUCAUCAACCAACGUUAACUCAUAACACAGAUGACUGUCCACAAGGAGAUGUUCCUGACCAUUGGUUGAGAAUGGAAUAUUAUGAAGAUUCCAGUAUACUUCGUACGUUCAACUUGUCAUCCUCGUGUAGAGCCUAUGUACAGAACAGACCAGAACAGUGCUACAUCUCAGACAUUAAGUACUCCUGCUGUCAGAGCUGUAGUAACAGACUAACAUACACGAACGGUGUUUUACCUGCCUCUGUGUAUAAUUCCGUCCUCCCAGAAGACUCUCAAUGUAAACAGACAUUUGGCAGCACAUCAUACUACUGUGGGAGGAGGGUUUAUGCUGACAAUGAGACAGUUGAUUUCUGUAGCGGACUGAGGUGUUAUCUUCCCCAGGAUGACCUCUGUCAUUACAUUAUUGCUCAGGACGGUACCAGGUGCUCUUUCAACAAAUGGUGUGUCGCUGGAGCUUGUGUUAAUGAUCCUAGAGCUUUGCUGCCAACAGAUUACAGUAACAUUCCAAGUCCUAUGGAACAAUGCCAAGCGUCAUAUGGGACUGAAGCUAAAUUCUGUGGGAGAGUUGAUACAUAUUCGACAAACUAUAACGACAUAUGUCACAAGCUGUAUUGCAUCUUACCAGAACAGAAGCUUUGUCAUUCCAUGUUUGCUCUCGAUGGGACACCUUGUGGUCGCAAAAAGAUCUGCAAGGAGGGAUCAUGCAUUCACAGUGAACACGGUUUAGAUCUUCCUGACAACUGCCUCUAUGUGGACAAGAGUGAUUGGUGUCAAGCGAAUAUUCUAGGACCCAAGACGGCGUAUAAGUGUUCAUUUGGACACAACAUGGACGUGUGCUGUUACACCUGUCAGAAGUAUGCCAACAUGUCCAUGCCUGCUGACUGUCGCUAUGGAGACGAACUUUCGUACCGGCGCUAUAACCUGACAUGUGCUCAGCUGGUAUCACCUUCCCCUCAGCAGUGUCACGAGCCCUCUGUCAAAAAGAGAUGUUGUCAGUCCUGUUACAGUGCCGCCAGGGUACUACCAGGGAAAACAAGCCCUCCAUCUUUGGAUGACCAGUGUAGAAUUUUGUUUGGUUCCCGCUCCAACUUCUGUAAGAGGGUGGAUACAUAUUCUACAUCGUAUGAGCCACUAUGUGAAACAAUGUAUUGUGCUGAUUCUAAUGGGAAAACUUGUCAUGGCAUUAUUGCAGCGGACAGAACAACAUGUGGACCAAAAAAGUGGUGUCUGAAUGGAACAUGUGUACAUGAUGAUAAUGCUCCUAACAUACCGAAUUCGUGUGUGGCUGGUGAUCAAAACUCCUGGUGUUCUACGAAGAAGUCGGACGGUUCUUACAAAUACAGUUAUGUUUGUUACACCAGUCAGAAGGACGAAUGUUGUGACAUGUGUAAUAAAGUCCACAGCACGUCUGUCAAGGGUUGUGAGUAUGGCGAUCAUUCCAGUACCUGCGAAAGAUCCAAGUGCUCUACCUACAACCAACAUUCAAGAAACGUUUUGUGUUGUAGAACGUGUGGCUCGUAGUUAUGUGUAUAUAUCAUUCUCAAAUACAUAUAUGAAUGCAAAGAUAUUUUGCCCACUAUAAAAUCUCUCUACAUCUGUUAUCCGGAUUAAACCGGUUUUAUACCUGUCA